ACACGUGCUGUACAAUUUUUAUUUAGUGAGUUUGAAGAAAGUAAACAACGCCACGUUCUGGUCAUCCGGGAAAUAGGUGUCGCUAGAGAACACAAGCCACCGGUGGCGUGCCAACGCUCUACAGUUGCUGUACCUGGAGGAGCUGCCAGCCCCGGCAGAGAGUGUUCCGAUUUCACGUCAGCCGGCGUGACCGACUGCGGUUGCUCUCUAUGGUCACUUAACGUCGCCUCGGCCGCUGAAACUCAAACCCGCAACGUUGGGCCGGCACCAGGAGGAUUCGAAUCGUCAUUUGUUGCAACGCGUCGCGACGGCGGACUGCUCCACCAUGGCUCUUCUGUACGAGUACGUCACGCAGGAGCAACUCGCAGGCUUCGACAAAUACAAGUACAGCGCCGUGGACUCCAAUCCUUUGUCCGUCUAUGUCAUGCACCCUUUCUGGAACUUUGUGGUGAAGUUUCUACCAAAAUGGUUGGCCCCGAACCUCAUCACGUUCACCGGCUUCAUGUUCCUUGUGGUCACCUUCCUCAUGUUGGCCUUCUACGAUUUUGACUUCUACGCCUCAGACGCCAAACAUCAGCAUGUGCCUAGCUGGGUGUGGGUGAUGGCGGGGAUCUUCAACUUCCUGGCCUACACACUCGACGGUGUGGACGGCAAGCAGGCACGUCGCACCAACUCCUCCACGCCUCUCGGGGAGCUGUUUGACCAUGGGCUGGACAGCUGGGCCUGCAUUUUCUUCGUGGCAACUGUCUACUCCAUAUUUGGGCGGGGCGCCAGUGGUGUGGGCGUGGCCACGCUGUACUACAUCCUGUGGGUGGUCCUGUUCUCCUUCAUCCUGUCGCACUGGGAGAAGUACAACACGGGCGUGCUCUUCCUGCCGUGGGGCUACGACAUCAGCCAAGUGACCAUCUCCGUGGUCUACUUGGUGACGGCGGUAGUGGGCGUGGAGACCUGGUACCAGCCCGCCCUCUUCCACUUCCUGUACAGAGACCUUUUCACCUUCAUGAUUGUCGCUUGUUCCUUCACUGUGACUUUACCCAUGAGCCUCUACAACGUCCUCAGGGCGUACCGCAGCAACUCGCUGAAGCACGGCAGCUUGUACGAGGCCCUCCUGCCCUUCCUGUCGCCCGUGCUCCUCUUCAUCCUGUCCACCGCUUGGGUGCUCUUUUCGCCGUCCAACAUUCUGGAGCUGCAGCCCAGGCUCUACUACCUCAUGGUGGGCACGGCCUUCGCCAACGUCACGUGCAAACUGAUCGUGUGCCAAAUGAGCAACACGCGUUGCCAGGCGCUGAGCUUGCUGCUGCUGCCGAUGGCCGGCGUGGUGGCGCUGGCCCUGUCGGGCCUGGCGCCCGACGAGACGCUGCUGCUGCACGUGUGGACGGCCGCCGUGGUACUGGCGCACGUCCACUACGGCGUGUCGGUGGUGCAACAGCUCAGCAGCCACUUUGGCAUCUUGGCUUUCUCGCUGAAGAAGCCCAGCAGCGACUGACAUGAGGACGAACGAAUCGGCUUGAAAGGAGCAGAGGUCUAGACCCCCUGACCCCCCCCCCACACACACACACACACACACUCCCCCGACCCCCUUUUCUCACUCUGCUCUGUGACACCUCACGCUCAUCACCGCGGCAACCGUAUCCUCUCCAUCCAGCAAGGACCGCCCCAAAAUACACAUGGACAAACAACACCCAUAUUUAUUUUGAUUUUUUUUUUUUUUUUUUUUUGAUUGGGGGACUCAAGGGCCUCCGGCUUACCUCAUUGGAGGAUUGAUGCAGUGUUGAGCCAAUGAGGUGCAAGUGUUUCCUACGGAAAUGUUCCAUUUAAGGGCUGCCGAGCCAAUUCUCACACACGCACACAGACUGACACACACCGUCUGCUUUCAGGCAGACACGCAUCAUUACAAUAUUAUGAAUGUAUAAUAAUAUUAAGCCUUGAUGGAACCGUCAUAUUUUCAAUGGCAUUCUCAGCACACCAGUUUCAUUUAACCUCUUUCGAAAAUGGGUCAGUAAUUCUAAAACGGUUAUUAAUUUUGCACGGUGGGUUUUUGGAGGCGGAGCCGACUGGUGGAUCCCGCGCGGCGGCCACGGUCGGCUCCGCCUCGCGCUUACGGUGACGAGUUGCGGGUGAUACAGGGAAGUGUCGUGUUCUUCACGCCGAUUCGUUCUUUUCGUCGUUGUUUCCGGGUCGCCACGGCGACGGCUGCCGCUUGAAUGAAGAGUGCGUCCCAAAAGCUGAGCGAUGGCGCGGAAUCACUCUGAGGGGAGCGAGCCCACGCCACCCGGCCUUUUUUUUUUUGUCAUUGAAAACAAAACUUUUUUUUUAACAACUUGUUGCGAGCGAGCAAGGGCCUCCACCCGGCCAGGUCGACGUCUGCGUCCGCAGAUCGGCUAGUAAUGCCUGGCGAUCGGGGAACGAGUGCCGAGGAAAGCUGGCAUGCGUUUCAAGCACAUUUGAGUAAGUGUAUGUAUUUGUUUGUCUUAUAAUAUUUCAUGUUUUGAUUAACGUAUAUGUAAUGAUUCACGUUGUCGGUCGAUGAUCGUCUGUUUGUUUGGGUGUGUUCGGCCUCUCGAGUGUAGAAAAGGAAUCUUGACAUCUACACGGAAUGAACACGAGUUUAUAUUAGUAAAGUUCAUGUGUGCGCAAUCAAUACGUGGCUAAUUUAUGUGGUGCUAUUCACACUCCAUCAUAAUCAAAGUGGAACAAAAUAAUCCCCAUGUGAUUACCCCCCCCCCAUUUAACCACUAUGUUGGAAACACCACGUGUUUUGUUUUUUUUUUAAUUAAAAAAUGAAAAACUGAAAAUGCUUGCAAUGGUUUAUAGUCCUGAGAAUAUCCGAAUAAAUGCUACUAAAACUGGAA